CGGAGAUCGUAACUGCAGUGUGUUAUAGCGACCAAAACUGAUAGUUUAUUCAAUAACUAAAAUAUAAAUUAAAGUGAAUGUCGACCACCUUCACCAUAAAUGGACAACCGUAUACAGUUAACCUUACCGACCUCCCACCGGACAUAACUCUGAACACCUUUAUCCGGGAGCACGCCCAACUGACGGCCACGAAGUUCAUGUGCCUGGAGGGAGGAUGUGGAGCCUGUGUUUGCGCAGUGAGCGAUGGGAAGAGCACCUGGACAGUGAACUCGUGCCUCAAGCUGCUGAAUACCUGUGCCCAGCUGGAGAUCAUUACGUGCGAGGGACUGGGUAACCAGCUAACGGGUUACCAUCCCAUUCAGAAGCGGCUGGCCAAGAUGAACGGCACCCAGUGCGGCUUCUGCUCGCCGGGAUUCGUGAUGAACAUGUAUGGGUUGAUGGAGCAGCAUGGCGGCAGAGUGACCAUGGAGGAGGUGGAGAACUCCUUUGGUGGAAACAUUUGUCGCUGCACUGGAUAUCGUCCAAUUCUGGAUGCCAUGAAGUCCUUUGCUGUGGACAGCACCAUUGAUGUUUCCGAAGAGACCGUUGAUAUUGAGGAUCUCAACAUGAAGGCUCGAAAUUGUCCAAGAACGGGAAAAGCCUGCAAGGGUACAUGUCGGCAAUCCAAACUAAUCUACGAGGAUGGAUCCCAGUGGUACUGGCCAAGCACACUGGCGGAAAUAUUCGAGGCGCUAGAAAAUGUCGGGGAUUCGGACGAGUUCAUGCUGGUUGGAGGUAAUACAGCUCAUGGUGUCUACAGGAGAUCCCCCGACAUAAAGCAUUUCAUUGAUGUGAAUGGAGUGGAGGAUUUGCAUCAGUAUAGUUCAGAUAAGGAAAAACUUACAUUGGGGGCUAGUCUCAGUUUGACCGAAACAAUGGAAAUAAUACGAAGCACUUCGAAGCAAUCAGGAUUUGAGUAUCUUGAGGUCCUGUGGCACCACAUCGACCUAGUCGCCAAUGUUCCUGUUCGAAAUUCGGGCACUUUGGCGGGCAAUAUUUGUACCAAAAAGGAACAUCCCGAGUUUCCAUCCGAUAUAUUUAUAUCCUUCGAAGCUCUGGAUGUCAAAGUUGUUGCCAUGAAAGGCCUCGAUGACGAAAAAGAAAUGACUCUUGAGGAAUUUUUAGGUGAUACGGAUAGAAAAAUGCUGCUCAAGGCUUUUAUUCUACCUAGCUACCCCAAGGAUAUGUAUAUUUACGACUCCUUCAAGAUCAUGCCACGAGCACAAAACGCCCAUGCUUAUGUCAAUGCUGGAUUUCUUCUGGAAUUGGAUGGCAACUCCAAGGUGAAAUCUGCCCGUAUUUGCUUUGGUGGAAUUCGACCGGACUUCAUUCAUGCCACAGAUAUUGAACAGCUAAUGGUGGGUCACAGUCCCUAUGAAUCCAAUUUGGUGGAACAAACAUUCAGCAAGCUGGAGAGUCUGGUCAAACCGGAUGAGGUUCUACCCGAUGCAAGUCCAGCCUACCGUUCCAAAUUGGCCUGCGGACUGCUCUACAAGUUCCUCUUGAAACACGCCCCCGAUGCGGAGGUCAGCGGAAAGUUCAAGAGCGGCGGUGAGCUGCUCCAGCGGCCACUCUCCUCCGGCUUGCAGCUCUUCCAGACCAAUAAACAGACCUACCCCGUGACACAGGGCGUGCAGAAGCUAGAGGGCAUGAUCCAGUGCUCCGGAGAGGCCACCUACAUGAACGAUGUGCUGACCACUUCCAACUCCGUUUACUGCGCCUUCGUGGGUGCCACGAAAGUGGGAGCCACCAUCGAUCAAAUCGAUGCUUCGGAAGCUCUCCAACAUCCAGGAGUGGUGGCCUUCUACACUGCGAAGGACAUUCCCGGAACGAAUACUUUCUGUGAGCCCAGUUUUGGUUACGAAGCGGAGGAGAUCUUCUGCUCUGGAAUGGUGCGCCACUCCGAACAGCCAGUGGGUGUAAUCGUGGCUCUUACUGCUGACCAAGCACAAAGGGCCACAAAACUGGUCAGGAUCAGCUACAGCAGCCCUAGUUCCAACUACAAGUUGAUGCCGAGCAUGAAGGAUGUGUUCUCCUCCGAAACUCCAGAUACUUCUCGCAUUAUACCCUUGCUUAUAUCAAAGCUUAAGGAAGUUAAGUUUUCUGACAAGCCUGAUUUGGAAGUAAGGGGUAUUUUCGAAAUGGGACUGCAGUAUCACUUCACCAUGGAACCGCAGACCACUAUUAUUAUUCCCUUUGAAGAUGGACUAAAGGUUUUCUCGGCUACCCAAUGGAUUGAUCAGACUCAAUCAGUGAUUGCCCAUACCCUGCAGAUGAAAGCCAAAGAUGUGCAACUAGAGGUUCGCAGAUUGGGUGGUGGAUAUGGCUGCAAAAUAUCCAGAGGUAACCAGGUUGCCUGUGCAGCCGCCUUGGCUGCCCAUAAGCUGAAUCGUCCCGUUCGCUUUGUACAAUCCCUGGAGUCCAUGAUGGAUUGCAAUGGAAAAAGGUGGGCCUGUCGUUCCGAAUAUCAGUGUCACGUGAAGACCAGUGGCAGGAUCGUCGGGCUGUCCAACGACUUCUAUGAGGACGCUGGCUGGAACACGAAUGAGAGUCCUGUGCAAGGACACUCCACUUUCACAGCUGCCAACUGCUAUGAAUUCACCGAUAGCAACUUCAAGCUAAGUGGUCAUGCUGUUCUUACGGAUGCCCCCAGUUCCACUUGGUGCCGUGCUCCUGGAUCGGUGGAGGGCAUUGCUAUGAUGGAGAACAUCAUCGAGCACGUGGCAUUCGAAAUCCAGAAAGACCCAGCCGAAGUGCGACUAGCAAACAUUAGUAAGAAGAGUAAGAUGGCAACCAUCCUUCCAGAGUUCCUCAAGACUAGGGAGUACUACUCCCGGAAGAAGGAGAUCGAGGCAUUCAAUGCCAACAACCGAUGGAAAAAAAGAGGUUUGGGUCUCUCUUUGAUGAACUUCCCCGUCAUCUACAUUGGGCAGUUUCCGGCAACGGUGACUAUUUACCAUGUGGAUGGCACUGUUGUGGUUACCCAUGGGGGCAUAGAAAUGGGUCAGGGUAUGAAUACGAAGAUAGCUCAAGUGGCGGCCUACACCCUGGGAAUCGAUUUGAGCUACGUGAAAGUGGAGUCCUCAACUACCAUCAAUGGAGCCAAUUCGAUGGUCACUGGCUAUGCCAUCGGAAGCGAGAGUGUUUGCUACGCAGUCCGUAAGAUCUGCGAAACGCUCAAUGCCCGAUUGAAGCCAGUGAGAAAGGCCAAGGCCACUUGGGUGGAGACUGUGGAGGCGGCCAAUGCCCAGUUGAUCAACCUCAUAGCCUCGGAUCACUACAAGACCGGCGACAUGCAGAACUACCAAGUGCUGGGACUGGCCCUUUCCGAAGUGGAGAUGGAUGUGCUGACCGGGAACAUUCUGAUCAGACGGGUGGACAUCCUAGAAGACGCUGGCGAGAGUCUGAGUCCCUGGAUAGAUGUCGGCCAGGUGGAGGGCGCCUUCGUCAUGGGCCUGGGCUACUGGCUCAGCGAACUGCUCAUCUACGAGGGCGACAAUGGUCGCCUGCUAACCAACCGCACAUGGAACUACAAGCCGUUGGGUGCGAAGGACAUUCCCAUUGAUUUCCGCGUGGAACUGGUCCACAAUCCACGACCGAGUAGUUCGGGUUUCAUGGGCUCAAAGGCCACCGGAGAGCCUCCUUGCUGUUUGGCUGUUAGUGUGAUUUUUGCACUUCAACAGGCUCUGCAAUCAGCGCGCCAGGAUGCAGGACUUCCUCGGGAGUGGCUUCGCUUGGGGGCACCUACAACUCCAGAGACUCUGCUACUAAAUGCCGGCCACCAAGUUUCGGAGUUCAAGUUGAAAUAAUAUCAAUUUCAUAUAUCCAAGUAAAAAAUAUUAUAAUCCGAAAUAUACAUUUUAUAUCCAAUUAUCAAAAUCUAUCAUAUCUGUACUUCCAAUUAAUUAAUUCUAACCCCAUUUUCAUUCCUUUUUAAAUAAUAUUUAUUCAUUUUGCUUAACUAAACGUUUUUCUCAAUGUAUUAUGUCAUCCAAAGCUUGAUAUUCUAGUUUAUCGUUAAAAGUUUUUUUUAUAUGCGAAGCUUUCAAAAUGAUUUAUUUGUUUUGAAAGCUCCGAAUUCCGAACAGAGAGAAAAAACGGUAUGUUUUUUCGCCGGCCGGCUAACACAUUCUCUUUAUGUUUAUCGCGGCACUCUCUUUUAUUUUUAGUGUACACGUGAUUCGCUUUGCCGGUUUAUUACAGUUCUUAUCACGCUCGUCACGAAUUUAAAGCAUAUUUGCGAGUCUGUCCAUUUCGAAUAGUCAUUAUUAUACAAUACCUUGAAAAAUAUUUAAUACAUAUGUAUCUAAUCAAAUCAUUCGCAUAUGAAAUUAAAAUGCAAUCUUAGUUUAAACAAAGUCUUUCUCUGUUGAUAGAGUAAUUUUGUGACUCAGCAAUAUUUGUGUAUAUAUUUCAUUGGCGACUACUGAAUACCCUAGCAAUUGCAUUUAAUAAGUGAGGUACAAUUAAUACAUUAAUAUUUUUUAAAAGUCUUUAUGUUAAUUUGGAAGCUUUAAAGUGCGGAAGGGUAUCUAAAGUGUACAUCUGCCGAUGCUAUGCCCCCCUUUUUCACAGCUAUUUUUACAAACAUCGAAAAUUUGCCGACGAAUUGGGUGGCGAAGCAACAAGCAAAAUUCGGCCAGUUUUUUGGAUUUUUUGCUCAUAGAGGCUUGGAGUCGAGGAGCAACCAGUCCACAAUUUGCAAUUAACGUCGAUCGUCGAGCUCGACAGGCUGCUCAAAUCGUUGUUGGCUCUCACGGAGUGUGUCGAAACUAACUUUUUUGUUUACGGCAUUCGAGAAAAUCGCAAUCGAAAAACGGAGGAACCUACUCGAGCCCCAAUGUUUUGAUCAGUCAGUCAGUCGAACAGCGACACUCGCAGCGACCGGAGCAAAAA